CUCCUCUCUUCCCAUUCUCAUCGACUGCGGCGCGCCGCAGAUUAUAAUCCACUUUGAUACUUUUGGUUGUUUUUCUUUCAAUUUCUUCCUUGUCAUCUCGAAACCCGCCAACCAUGGAUGUUGAAAGUCUUUUCGGAGUCAAGGGCAAGGUGGUGCUCAUCACCGGAGGCAAGUAACGCCAGCGACACUCCUUGUACUCACCCGCCCACCACCCCCUACCCUUCUACUAACCCUACGACAGGCGCCAAGGGCAUCGGCCGCAUGAUCGCCGAGGGCUACGUCGCCAACGGCGCCAAGGUCUACCUCACCGGCCGCGACGCCGCCGCCUGCGACGCCGCCGUCGCGGAGCUCCAACCCCUCGCCUCCCGCAGCGGCGCGUCCGUCCACGCGCUGCCCGCCAACCUGCAGGAGCUGUCCGAGUGCGAGCGCCUCGUCGCCGCCCUGACCGAGCGCGAGCCCGGCGGCCUGCACGUGCUGCUCAACAACGCGGGCGCCUCGUGGGGCGACAGCCUCGACGCCUACCCGGACCACGCCUGGCACAAGGUGCUGACGCUCAACCUGCACCGCGUCUUCACCCUCACCCAGCUGUGCCUCCCGCUGCUUGAGCGCGCCGCCUCGCCCGCGGAUCCCGCCCGCGUCAUCCACAUCGGCAGCAUCGACGGCAUCCGCGCCCCGACCAUCAGCAACUUUGCCUACUCGGCCAGCAAGGCCGGCCUGCACCACCUGUCGCGCGCCCUCGCCCGCGAGCUGGGCCAGCGCGACAUCACCAGCAACGUCCUCGCCUGCGGGCCCUUUCCUACCAAGAUGAUGAAGGCCACCCUCGACUCCUUCGGCGAUGUCAUCAAGAACGAGGUGCCCCUUCGGCGCAUCGGUAACCCCUCCGACGUGGCCGGUUCCUGCAUCUACCUCUCGAGCAAGGCCGGCGCGUACUGCAACGGGGCACUGAUACGAGUAGACGGCGGUGCGUCGCUCGCGUCCAAAAUUUAGGCAGCUUGGAGCAAGCAUGGUGAGCUUGAAUUGGGGCAGAUCGGCAUUCGGAGGCGGAAUCUCAUGUACAUAGCCGCGACAAGGCAAGCAACAAUGUAAUCUUCUGGGUUGGGGGUCAAUAUAGGAAGGCCGCUUCACGAGCAGGCGAUGCAUCAUCUUCGGCCACUCACUCUCUG